AUGGAAUUUGAUGUUUGUUUUUGUCUUGAGAAUCGAGGGAUCACCCUACAUAGUUGACUAUGUCUGAUGAUUGGGAAGCAGAGGCCGCCCCAGCCGCAGCUGCUGGGGCAGUGACCGUUGCUGAGCUGCCAGAGGUCAAGCUCUUUGGAAAAUGGUCAACAGAUGAUGUCCAGGUCAACGACAUCAGUUUGAACGAUUACAUUGCAGUGAAGGAGAAGUAUGCCAAGUAUCUGCCUCACUCCGCUGGACGCUACCAGGUGAAGCGUUUCCGCAAGGCCAUGUGCCCCAUUGUGGAGCGCCUGGCGUGCAGUCUUAUGAUGCACGGCCGUAACAACGGGAAGAAGCUGAUGGCCGUGAGGAUUGUGAAGCACAGCUUUGAGAUCAUCUUCCUGCUGACGGGAGAGUCGAACUCUCACGCCAUCAAAAGGAAAGACGAGCUGGAGAGAGUGGCCAAGUCCAACAGAUAGAUUUGUUCAGCCUGGGCUGUUUCUCAUUUCACAGGGGGGGGACACACACACACGCACCAUGGCCAAGUCAGUGUCCUGCGAAUAAAGGUUUAUUCCCUCUACA